AGUGUGUCGGGGAGGGCGGGAAGGCCGGGGCUCGCUAUGGCCGCCGGCUCUCGGGCUCAGGUCCGGCUCGACUCGGCCCUGAGCAGCGCCCCGACCGCGGCCGAGAGAGACCAACUCCUCCUCGAGUACGUCAGGAAGGUGGACGGCGGGGAAGCGGCCGUAAAGGCGCCCGAGUUCGAGGAAGGUCUGGAAUGGGUGAAUACUGAUGGACCUCUCUUGCUCCACAAAGAUCUCUAUGGUAAAGUAGUAGUGCUGGAUUUCUUCACCUACUGCUGCAUCAACUGUAUGCACAUCCUGCCUGAUCUUCAUGCCCUGGAACAAAAAUAUUCCAGUAAAGAUGGAUUGGUAGUGAUCGGUGUUCAUUCAGCAAAGUUUCCAAAUGAGAAGUUGCUUCAGAAUAUUCAGAAUGCCGUUCUUCGCUAUAAUAUUACACACCCCGUUGUGAAUGAUGCAGACGCAAAGCUUUGGCAUGAGCUCAACGUGACCUGUUGGCCAACACUAAUAAUCCUCGGCCCUCGUGGAAACAUAUUGUUCACUCUGAUUGGAGAAGGACAGAAGGAAAAACUUUUUUCAUUUAUUUCAGUUACGUUGAAGUACUACAAGGAAAAGGGAGAAAUUAGUGAUCAUGACAUCAAAUCCAAGUUAUACAGAGAUUCCUUACCACCUUCGCCAUUGCUCUUUCCUGGUAAAAUUGCAGUUGAUAAUUCUGGAGAUAGACUAGCAAUUGCGGACUCUGGGCAUCAUAGGAUUUUGAUAACCAAGAAAAAUGGAGGCAUUCUUCACUCAAUUGGUGGACCAGGGAGCGGAUGGAAAGACGGGAACUUUUUAGAAGCCAGUUUCAAUUCUCCUCAAGGGGUAUUGAUGAAGGACAGUAACAUCUAUGUUGCAGACACUGAGAACCAUGUGAUUAGAAAGAUUGAUCUUGUAAAUGAAAAGGUUAGCACGAUAGCUGGAGUUGGUGUUCAGGGAAUUGACAGGGAAGGUGGCAAGAUAGGAACAAAACAAUCAAUCAGCUCACCGUGGGAUCUGACUUCAGGCACCAGUGAUGAUGCUGAAGAUAGAAUUCUGUUCAUUGCCAUGGCAGGCACUCAUCAGAUAUGGGCUCUAUUUCUAGAAGAUGGAAAACUUCCAAAAGGAAGAAAUUACAAGAAGGAAACGUGCAUCUGCUUUGCUGGAAGUGGCAAUGAGGAAAACCGAAACAAUUCUUAUCCCCAUAAAGCAGGAUUUGCUCAGCCAUCGGGCCUGUCUCUCGCCCCGGAACCUUGGACCUGUCUCUUUGUUGCUGACAGCGAGAGCAGUUCAUUACGCUCUGUAUCACUGAAGGACGGUGCUGUGAAAAACGUGGUGGGAGGCGAAAGAGAUCCAUUGAAUUUGUUUGCUUUUGGAGAUGUGGAUGGUGUUGGAGUGAAUGCAAAGCUGCAGCAUCCCCUGGGAGUGGCUUGGAAUAAGCAGAGGGGUCUGCUGUACGCAGCAGAUUCUUACAACCACAAGAUCAAAGUCAUAGAUCCGAAAACAAAACAUUGUGCUACACUGGCAGGAACUGGUGAGGCCAGCAAUAUAAUUGGUCCCAGCUUCAGCCAGGCUACAUUCAAUGAACCUGGAGGUUUGUGCGUUGGUGAACAUGGAAAUGUGUUAUAUGUGGUGGACACCAACAAUCACCAGAUCAAAGUUCUUGAUUUAGAAACUCAGAUUGUCUCAGUGUUGCCAAUUACAGCCAAGGAUACCGUAGAUGCUGUGCUACCCGUAAAACCAAAGAAAGCUUCUCGGCGUCCGAAGACUGCAACCGCAGUGCGUUUAUCUCCAUUAGCAGUCUCUUCUGGUCUGACACUGCAGUUCAUUUUGAAAAUUGCCCUCCCGGACGGAGCCAAACUCACAGAGGGGGCACCGAGUUUCUGGGAACUCUCAGCUGAAGAUCACGAGUACCUGCUGGAGGGCCAGAAGAUCAACGGGGAAAUCGCUGACCUUGACAAUGUACCUGACAUAACCUUCACGGUCCCUGCUCCAGUACAGACAGACGAUUUUGUGCUGUCUAUAAACGUGUACCUCUAUUUUUGUAAUAAGAAUGAUAACACUUGCCUGAUGAAAGAAAUUUCGUUCAAACAGCCUUUAGAAUUACGGAACAAAGAUCAAGGAAUGUUUUCAAAAGUGGAGCUUUCUUUCAGCUUCUAAUGCCCCAUUUCUGCUGCACUGCCAAGAUUGGCAAAUACGGUUUAGGCUGAUAUAGGAAAUAUUACAUUGUGGGCAUGCCUUGCUGAGGUUAUGAUAAAGCGAUGUCAAUCCUAAUCAGUAAAUUUGGUGGGUCAGAGUAGAACGAGUCUUGUUCUGUUACUGCCAAAUGAGUUAAAUGGUUCUGACAAAAGGUCAGCGACCUGAAACGUUAACUCACUUUCCUCUCU